AUGGAUUUCCAAUCUAUUAUGCAGCAGGCGCGUAUGGGAGGUGGGCCCGGUGCAGGAGGAUCCCCCGGCGAUGCGCCACAAAACGACAAUGCAGAGAUGGUCUACAUCUCGUCGCUAGCAUUAAUCAAGAUGCUCAAGCACGGCAGAGCAGGUGUGCCCAUGGAGGUCAUGGGCCUCAUGCUCGGCUCUUUUAUCGACGACUACACCGUGUCGGUGAUCGAUGUGUUCGCUAUGCCCCAGUCCGGUACCGGUGUCUCGGUAGAGGCCGUCGACCCGGUCUUCCAGACCAAGAUGCUCGACAUGCUCAAGCAGACCGGUCGUCCCGAGAUGGUGGUGGGAUGGUACCAUUCGCAUCCCGGUUUUGGAUGCUGGUUGAGUAACGUCGACAUCAACACGCAGCAGUCGUUUGAGCAGCUCAACCCGCGUGCCGUCGCCGUCGUCGUCGACCCCAUCCAGUCGGUCAAGGGCAAAGUAGUCAUCGAUGCUUUCCGACUCAUCAACCCGUCGACGGUCAUGCUCGGCCAAGAACCACGACAGACCACCUCCAACAUUGGCCACCUCAACAAGCCCUCGAUCCAAUCGCUCAUCCACGGCUUGAAUCGACACUACUACUCGAUUGCCAUCGGCUACCGCAAAACCGAGCUCGAACAGAGCAUGCUUAACAACCUCCACAAGCGCAACUGGACCGAAGGGCUGCGUUUGAGAGACUUUGGAGAGCACAAGGAGAACAACAGGAAGGCCAUCGAACGCAUGCUCUCGCUUUCCGAGGCGUACAACAAGUCAGUGCAGGAGGAAAGCACAUUGACACCAGAACAGUUGAAGACCAGGCAUGUGGGCAAGCAGGACCCUAAGCGACACUUGGAGGACGCGGUGGAACAGACCAUGGGCGAUCAGAUUGUGCAGAGCUUGGGUACUAUGCUGCUUGCAGAGCUGUGA